AUGCAAUACCUCAAGUUCUACGCCAUUAUUCUCCAGUUUACCAUCAUGGCUAACACAGCUCCUACUGCUCAUAUCGGUGGCGUUGGUAUCGUGCAACGCGAAGAAACUGAACUAGACGUUUCAGAAGCAUUCAAGAGAGAAGAGCCUGAAGUUGAUAUGUCAGAGGGCUUCAAACGGGGAGAGGCUGAACUUGACGUGUCAGAAGCCUUCAAGAAGCGUACCGCCUCUAAGUGA